AUGUCUGACUCGGGGGAGAUGAGUGAAUUUGGCUACAUCAUGGACCUGCUGGCCAGGGGCAAGGUUACCAUUAAGAAUAUCGAGAGAGAGCUCAUUUGCCCAGCGUGCAAGGAGCUGUUCACCCACCCGUUGAUUCUCCCUUGUCAACAUAAUAUUUGUCAUAAGUGUGUGAAAGAACUCUUACUGACACUUGAUGACUCAUUUAACGACGUGGGAUCAGACAACUCCAAUCAGAGCAGUCCUCGGCUUUGGGUCACCUCCCCUAGCUUGGAUAAAAUUGACAGGAUUAACAGACCAGGCUGGAAGCGCAAUUCAUUGACCCCUAAGACAACUACUUUCCCUUGUCCUGGCUGUGAGCAUGAUGUGGAUCUUGGAGAGCGAGGAAUCAACGGUUUAUUUAGAAAUUUCACUUUGGAAACCAUUGUUGAAAGAUAUCGGCAGGCAGCCAGGGCAGCCACAGCCAUUAUGUGUGAUCUUUGUAAACCACCACCUCAAGAAUCCACAAAAAGUUGCAUGGACUGUAGUGCAAGCUACUGCAAUGAAUGCUUCAAAAUUUAUCAUCCUUGGGGUACUAUAAAAGCCCAGCAUGAGUAUGUGGGCCCAACCACUAAUUUUAGACCCAAGAUUUUAAUGUGCCCAGAACAUGAAACGGAGAGAAUAAACAUGUACUGCGAAUUAUGUAGGAGGCCAGUUUGUCAUCUCUGUAAGCUGGGUGGUAAUCACUCCAAUCACCGUGUAACCACUAUGAGCAGUGCCUACAAAACCUUAAAGGAAAAACUUUCAAAGGAUAUUGAUUAUCUUAUUGGCAAGGAAAGCCAGGUGAAGAGUCAAAUUUCUGAACUAAACUUGUUAAUGAAAGAAACAGAGUGUAAUGGAGAGAGGGCUAAAGAAGAUGCAAUUACACAUUUUGAAAAGCUCUUUGAAAUUCUAGAAGAGAGGAAAUCAUGUGUUUUGAAAGCAAUUGAUGCUUCAAAGAAACUCAGAUUAGACAAAUUUCAGACUCAAAUGGAAGAAUAUCAAGGGCUUCUAGAGAACAAUGGACUUGUGGGAUAUGCUCAAGAAGUGCUUAAGGAGACAGACCAGUCUUGCUUCGUACAGACAGCCAAACAACUCCACCUCAGAAUACAGAAAGCUACGGAAUCUCUGAAGAGCUUUAGACCUGCGGCCCAGACUUCUUUUGAAGACUAUGUUAUUAAUACGUCUAAACAAACAGAACUUCUUGGAGAAUUGUCCUUUUUCUCUAGCGGCAUAGAUGUGCCAGAGAUCAAUGAGGAACAGAGCAAAGUUUAUAACAAUGCUUUGAUAAAUUGGCACCAUCCAGAAAAGGAUACAGCUGAUAGCUAUGUCCUCGAAUAUCGGAAGAUUAAUAGAGAUGAGGAAAUGUUGUCUUGGAAUGAGAUAGAAGUUUGUGGCACAAGUAAAGUUAUUUCAGAACUUGAAAGUAACUGUAACUACGCUUUCAGAGUAAGAGCCUACAAGGGUUCAAUCUGCAGUCCUUGCAGCAGAGAAUUGGUUCUUCGUACUCCUCCCGCUCCAGUUUUCAAUUUCCUCUUUGAUGAAAAAUGUGGUUAUAAUAAUGAACACCUCUUGUUGAACUUGAAGAGAGACCGUGUAGAGAGCAGAGCUGGAUUUAACCUUCUGCUUGCUGCAGAACGCAUCCAAGUGGGGUACUACACAAGCUUAGACUACAUCAUCGGCGACGUUGGGAUUACCAAAGGGAAGCACUUCUGGGCCUUCCGGGUGGAGCCCUAUUCAUACCUGGUCAAAGCAGGAGUGGCUUCCAGUGAUAAACUGCAAGAAUGGCUUCGUUCUCCCCGGGAUGCAGGGAGUCCAAGAUAUGAGCAAGACAGUGGACAUGACAGCGGAAGUGAGGAUGCCUGUUUUGAUUCUUCACAACGCUUUACUUUAGUUACUAUAGGCAUGAAGAAGUUCUUUCUACCCAAGUCACCUACUUUUAAUGAAACUGAGAAUAGAGUUCUUCCCAUGCCAACAAGCAUAGGAGUUUUCCUCGACUAUGAUAAAGGCAGAGUGAGCUUCUAUGACAUGGAUCACAUGAAAUGCCUUUAUGAGCGCCAGGUGGACUGCUCGAGCACCAUGUAUCCAGCGUUUGCCCUAAUGGGCAGUGGAGGAAUUCAACUGGAAGAACCCAUCACCUCAAAAUAUCUAGAAUACCACGAGGACAUGUAG